UGUCAGCUAUCACACCCUUGUCUGGCUCUCGCUUCCGGCCUCCAUUGUUGAAGGCUCAGGCUCUGUGGGGAAGGGAGCUCGGCCGGCCAUGGGGACGCAAGCGCCGGAGAACUACCCUCCUGCCAAGCGGCCAUGGACCGGGAAGCUGCGACCAUUCAGCGGCUGGUUCAUAACCCUUGGCUUCAUCGUGAUGGCACUCUCGCAUGGAGCGGCGGAAAACUACUUGCUUGGAACUGGAGGAGGCUCUGUCAACCUCAGCGCCGGCGCCGCCCAUCUCUUCACGUGCUUUGUGGCGAUGCUCGUGGGGGUCAAUCUGAUCGCACUGGGCAUGAACCUGGACGACUCCCAGCACCCCAGCCAUGGCGCGCUGAUCAUCUCCAAGGCAGCCGCGUUCGGCCGUCAGAGUCUGCCGGCAAUGGCGACCCUCGCUGCUUCUUCGGCUGCCGCGGGAGUGGUCACCAAUGCUGCUAAUCCGGCCAUCUGCUUCUGUUUCUACGCUCUCCUGAUCGCCGCCAUUUCUAUUGUCACCAUUGCGCUUUGCGGCAACGAGUGACGGAUCCUGGUAUCUGAGUUUCCGUCGCAGAAUUAUGUAAGAAUGUAUGGUUUGGUAUCUGAGUUUCCGUCGCAGAAUUAUGUAAGAAUGUAUGGUUUGGUAUCUGAGUUUCCGUCUUGGUCAUUACCUGGUUUGAGUGCUUGUCUGAGUGGUGUGGUCAGCAAAUACUUAUGCUAUACCAAAAAUACUACAU